AUGACAUCCGAUUCUCUUGCAGGAACCCCGCAUGACCGUCUUCUCGACCCAGCCGAGCACAAGCGACAGCAAGAGAUAAGGACUGGCAUCGGAGUCCAUGACCCUGAAUCCGGAUCCUUCCAGUUCUACGGUCCUGCCUCCCACUUCUGCUUCCUGGACAGGAUAUAUCAGCGUAUCGACCGCAUUGGCCACGUCGGCAUGCCCAAAGGUGUCCGCAAAUGGAGACUGCACCACUUCAUGUUUGAUUUCCGAAAUCCACACGGUCCACUAAGCGACACAUUGGCCGAAAUCCAUAUCCGGAAGGAGAUGGGCGACGGAUUUAUUGCCGAGUACUUCAAGACUAUCCACCCCCAGGCCCCUGUUCUCCUCAGAUCUGAAAUCGAUGAAACCUGGUCCAAGCUCUGGAGUCCCCCGGCCAUCGACAGGAAACCACUGAAAGGCAAAGAGCUGGUUUUCCUGGUUCUCGCCAUAGGGGCGAGGGCGUCUUCUGUAGCAGCCAAGUCCGAUGCCUGCCGGCUCGAAAACUGGGCCGCAUAUUUUGCCGAAAGAGCAGACACAUCCUCGACUUUCAUGCUGGGACCAACUCUGAAGGGAAUCCAUUUCAUGGUCUUGAAGGCAAUGUAUGCGUUUCAGUUGAUGAAGCAAAACGACGGCUACCUCUACCUCGGAUUCGCUGCCCGGAGCGCGCUGGCUUUAGGCAUGCACAAACGCGAAGUCGUCCGAGGCAACAGCUACAGCCAGCACAGACUACGAGCCACAUUCUGGACAAUCUACGGCCUUGAACGCAUCGUCUCACUCUUCACUGGCCGUCCUUCCAGCUUCCACGACGACCAGAUCGACGCUUCAUACCCCGACGACAUCAUCGACAAUCCCAACGCCAAAGGCUCCUGCGCCGAGUUCGCCGCCGCACGCGCCUCCGCCGACAUGGGCCGCAUCGCCAACAAAAUCGCCAGCGACAUCUACUCUCCGCGCAGCGGCGUGAAGCGCACGUCGGACCUCCUCGUCGUCCAUGCCGUCGCGCAUCAGUGCACCGACGCCCUCGAAUCCCUCGCCCACUCCCUCCCCUCCUACCUCCAGUUCUACGACCCCGGCCUCCCGCUCGGCGCCGACUGGCAGGAGGUCCAGCGCACGUUCCUAGGCAUGUGGUACCAUCUCAUGCACAUCCUGAUCCACCGCCCCGCGCUGACCUACGCCACCUUCUUCUCCUCGCGCUUCGAGGCGCAAGAGACGGCGGGCACACUGCUCGACAUCAACGCCUCCGUGGCCGCGUCCGUCGCGUCGGCAAAGGCCAUCAUACAGAUGGCGAAUGACGCGUGUUGCAAGCGUGCCCCGUUCCUAAAGUCCGAUGGAAGUGUGGCGUUUUUCUUGCUGGUCGCGAGCAUCACGCUGCUGUACGAUGUGCUGGAUCCGGCGACAACGCCCGGGUAUGCAAGAAGUACGUUUGAGGUUGUGGAGAGCGCGAUUGGGACGCUGGAGACGAUGCAGCAUGUGGGGCCGAAUAACAGCAAGGAGCUCAGUCUAGAUAUCAUGAAGUUUGCGAAGGAUGCGUUGGCAUCGGGGGGUGAGGAGGUUGGGUUGGAGAGGGACUUGACGGGGGCGUUUCCAUGGUUGAGUAAUGUUUUCGCGGAACCGUUCACGGGGUUUCCGUCCAUGUUGACCGAGGACAUGAUACCGCCGGAUGUGCAGCAGACACCCGAGUACCCGGCUGCGUUGGUUCAGGACACGAGGGAUGCCGCUGAUGGCGGUGUGACGGCAGCGACGGUGGCGAGUGGGACGCAGUAUAUCUCGCAGUGGCCGCCAUCGGGCGAGGGGAUUUUGGAUAUCCCUGACAGUCUGAUGUGA